AUAUAGAUAUAGAUAUAUAGACACAUUCUUCAUGACUUUUUGGUUACUUUUUAUACUUAGCCACUUAGAUAUAAUGCUCCUUCAGAAUGUUCAUUGCUAAUGAAGGGACGUGGUUUUUUGAGGGACCAUGAUGUUAAAGUUUGGGAAAAUCUGUACACCUUAUCAGUUUCUCUUAUCUUGCCACCCCACUCCUUUUCUCUUCUCCUCCUCCUCUCAUUCCUUCUUUCUCUUCUCACUCCAUUCUGACUAACAAUGCAUAUUCACAUACUAAAGAGUUUGAAAACUCUUGUAAUUUAUAGAGGUUGACCUAUUUUUGUUUAAAGCAUUAUCUGAUCACAUUUUCAGUGAUUAAGUGUUACAUAUUUUUUGUAUAAAUUAUACAUUUUUCUGUUCAUACAUUUUCUCCUUAAUCCAUUAUUUAUUUAGAGUUUAGUACCUGGAAUAGACAAUGUAACCAUAUUUACAACGUCUAAUCUGAAUUUCUGGUCUAACAGAACAACUUUGAUGGAGAGAAUAGUUAUAUUUUGAGCUCCUCUGUUAGGGCUGGUGAGAAUACUGAAGAUAUUUUAGGAGAACACCUUAAUGUAUAUAGCAACGCUUCAUAUUUUUGUUGUAUACAACAGUUUUUGAAGUGCAUUUGAGUGUAUGUUCUCAUUUUGUUCUCUGAACAGUCUUAUGAAAUUAUUAUUCCCACUUUGUAGACUGUAACAUGCAUGCUUAGAGAAGAACAUAGGGUUUAUAAAGGCAUCCAGCUUACAGGCCCUUGUACUGGAACACAGCACUUUCCAGCUCACAAGACAUAUUUACGAAGAGCAUGUCUUGCCACUGAAUUGGACAACUCCUCUCCUCUUGAUUCCUUGCAGUGCUAGAAAGGACUCUUUCCUAGGAGUUUCAAAUUUUUUACAUGCAUUAUUUGGAUUAUCAAUGUAUACCUAAGUAAGAUUACAGUACAGUUUAUAAAGUUGUUAAACUCGUGAAAAUAAAUGUUUCAUUUGAAAAAUUAAAAGUUGCCUUUUGCAUUCUACUUAUGUCAGUCAACAACACCCCCCACCCCCCAAAAAAAGUUAGAGAAGAAAAGAUAACGAGAAAGCUUUGAAAUCAGCACAGUUUAUUUAAAUGUUUGCUAUUGACUUGUGGUUUUUUUUUCUCCAUUCAUGUGUUCGGACAACAUGUGUAGUAUGUGUGGUGAUUCUGGAGUCACACUGCCACAGUUCAAAUCCAGUCUCCACCAUCUAGCUCUUUGACCUUAGAUACAUUCUUAACUACUCUGUGCCACAUUUAUUCACAUUUACAAUGGAACUUUAAAAACUUUUUUUAAUGUUUAUUUAUUAUUAAGAGACAGAGAGACACAGAGCAUGAGCAGGGGAGGGGCCGAGAGAUGGAGAGACACUGAAUCUGAAGCAGGCUCCAGGCUCUGAGCUGUCAGCACAGAGCCCAAUGUGGGGCUCAAAUCCACAAACCGCGAGAUCAUGACCUGAGCUGAAGUCGGACACUCAACCGACGGAGCCACCCAGGCGCCCCUACAAUGGAACUUUUAUAGAGCUUAAUAAAAUUGUUGUGAAGAUUAAAAUUAUUAUUACAUUAAAAGUACUUGACAUAUAGAAGACACUCAAUAAAUAUUAGCUAUUGAUCUUCCUUUUUGUUCUUUUUGUUGGGAGACAUUUUCUGUAAACCUGAUUAAGCUAUUAGACUCUAAGCAAGUCUUGUCACAUUUUGACCAGAUACAAUUGUUUUAAGGACAAAAUAAAAUGGAAUAUACAAUAGUGCUUGGUAUGUAGUAGGGAAUAAAAGGUGAAGAAAUGUAUGAAACAAAAAAAUGUCAAAAAUAAAUCCUUCCAAGCAAAUUUGCAUUUCUCCUGUAGGAUUAAGAGGGAAGAUGGCUAAAUCUAAGCUCAUUGCAUUUAAGUUGUCAAACUAUGUAGUUGGUGGAAUCUGUAAUUCAAGAAUUGCACAAUUCCUUUGGGUUUAAGAAUCUGUUUAUUUAUAAAUUCAUGUUUCAAUGGAAAAUUUCAAACAGCUCCAUAGCAGAAUAGCAGAGAAUUUGUGAGCAAGUCAAAAUUUAUGAUAGAAACUUAAAGUACCAUUUGAGAACAUUUCUUUCCAAGAAGAUGAUCCUUAGAAAAACAUCAAUAGGUCCAAUUAGCAAUCGUUAUUGAAGUAUCUGUAUUUUUGAAUUUUUUCCAAUAGUUUUCUCAGAAAAGCUUAUGAUUAGCCAAUCUGUAAAGAUUAAAGUUUAGCACAGCUAAGUUGGAAAUUCUAGGAAUGUAGGGCUAAUAAAACUUUCAAUAUUUUCUUCUUCUUGCUCUUCUUUCCUUGUCCUCCUCCUCCUUCUUCUCCAUGCUUAUGAUUCUGUUUUUAUUUUUAAGUUUUUAUUAAGAUUUUUUCUUUUUUUGGAGCAGUUUUAGGUUCACAGCAAAAUUGAGCAGAACGUGCAAAGAUUUCUCAUACAUCCUCUGCCCCCAUAUAUGUAUCGCUUCCUUCAUUAUCAGCAUCACUCACUGUAAUAGUACAUUUGUUACAAUUGAUGAGCCCACAUUGACACAUAUAAUCAUCCAAAGUCCAUAAUUUGCAUUAGGGUUCACUCUUGGUGUUGCAUAUCCUGUGAAUUUGAAUGAAUGUUUAAUGACAUGUAUUCAUCAUUAUGGUAUUGUACGGAGUAUUUUCACUACCCUAAAAAUCCUCUGCUCCAUCGAUUCUUCUUCCCUCCCUGGGAAUCCCUGGAAACCACUGAUCUUUUUACUAUAUCCAUAAUUUUGUCUUUCAUAUUUUCGUAUAGUUGGAAUUGUAUAGUAUGUAGGCUUUUAUAAUUGGCUUCUUUCACUUAGUAAUCUGCAUUUAAGGUUCCUUCCACAAUAGCUCAUUUAAUCUUAACAUUGAAUAAUAUCCCAUUGUCUGAAUGUACCAUAGUUUAUCCAUUUGCCUACUGAAGGACAUCUUAGUUGCUUCCAGGUUAUGGCAGUUGUGAAUAAAGUUGCUACAGAUCCACAUGCAGGUUUUGGGGUGGAUGUGUUUUCAAGUGAUUUUGUUUUAAUAUCUGUAUUCUUCCUCUGAAGGGGAUGAUAAGAUACUUUGAAAGAGUGAUUCAUCACACCAUUGGCACGUCAACUUCUAUGACAUCAGUAGUUAAUCACUUGGCAUCACCCUGAGAGAAUAAGCAGAGAGGGGUUACUGCGUGGGAUGGGGCACCCAGAAGAGGCAGGUUUCAUGCAGGAGACAGAACAGGGGCCCUGGAUGGAGAGGCUGGAAAUUGAAAGGGAGAUGGUGGCACAGAUAAGCUUCUCUUCGUCUUCACAAACCCCUUCCUCUUUUUUCUCUUACCAUCUUAACUUUGUUCAGUUCUGCAAGCCCAGGCUAUUAUGUUACCACAUGACUUUGUUUUUAAUCUAUUUAACUUGUUUUAUUUUCUUUGCUCUUAAGACAAUUUUAUUUCACUGCGAAUACCGAUAUACUGUGAAACAAUGUGAUAUUAUGUCUUGUCUGUCUUUAAUCAACUAUUUCCUAUUUGUCUUAUUAUAUCCUGAUGACCACAGCUGCUUCUCUGGAUCACUAGCUUUGGCAGAAGGGUGUGUAUGAACCUUCCAUGUGCAGAUAAAAUAAUCUAGAAAAAAGUUUCCCAGCAUCCCAGAAAUAGUAAUGCCCUACAAAGAGAUCUAAAUUAUUAUGAGGGUAGCUACUUGUCUCAUUAACAUCAAAGACCUCAGUUUCUCUUUCCACACUCAAAUACAAAGAGUGAGAAAUAAUAUGAUUAUAGUAACAUUUUAAUUUUGAUAAUAUUCAUGGCACUGUGUAGCUGAGGCCAUGGUCUUUUCUUUAUCUUUCCAUCCCUGUCUUUUAUCUAGUUCCAUAGGGCAUUGUCAGAUCACUAGAUAGGCAAACUGAUGAGUUUGAUUUACAUUAAAUGGUUAGAAAUUGUUCAAGGCUUAAUGUAAUAUUUCUUAUAGUGGCAGUGUUGUGGAGGAGAAUUUUUUGUUUUCCCUUUAAGGUUCUUGUGACUCAUUGAAGAAUUAAACUGACAUGAGAUAGAUUAACAACAGAAAAUCACAUUUAAUUACAUAUGUGUAAGGAGUCCAGAUAAAGAAGAGAGAUUCCAAAGACAGGCAUAAUGAGGUAUAUAUGCCCUUCUGGACUAAGGAGAAGGGGGUAGGGGUCUGGGGCUACAAUGGGAAGGACGGCAAUUUAUAGGAAGAAUGGGAAAAGUAAAUGUUUGGUAAACGAAUGUUUUCUGGGCCAUCCAAAACCAACAGGACAUAGACGGGAAUUUUAACACAGAGACUUUGCUAAAUUCCUCCCUGUCUACCACACCUCAUUCAUGUUAUGCUAUAGUUAUCUAUGGUUAUAACUCCCUUCCUGAAACAGGUCUAAAUCUAAAUUCUUUUAGGCAGUUGUGGGGGAGUCAAAAAGAAAAAGUUUUGAUUAAAAAUAAUUAGCUUAAAAUAAUCCACAUGCCAAAAAGACGUGUUAUGGGGUGACAAAUUUUGCUCCCCUAUAGCAGCAUAAGCUAUCAUUACUAUUUUACCUCUGUUCCUGAUUUCAUCUCCAAGUUAAACCCAGAAAAAUCUCAACAAACAAUAUUUAUUUUUGGUGGCAAAAAAGAAGUAAAUACAUUGCCAUGAAUUACCAUUCAUUGGAACAAAGUUGUGAGUGACAGCUGAAGAUAGAUGAUUUGCUCCAUCCAUUUUUUAGGGAGCCUGUUCUCCAUUUAACCCAGGUGCAGGAAAUAUAUACUUCCUUAGCAGAUGGUGGACUGGAGGUGAUUACUUAUAGGAUCAGUGUGCCCCACCAUAUCACCUCAGAAAAUGCUCUGUAAGCUGGGAAAUUGAAGACUUUGCACUCCUAUGGUCUUUCCAGAAACAUUGUUUUAUGAUUCCCACUAUCUGGAGAGCGAAACAUCUUUUAAGCAUUCUGCAGAAUUCUUGCCCGUGUUUGGGCUGUUCCUUAAGUUCUGUGUCUAAGCUAAUAUAGUAUAGCCAUAUAGUAUUUAGAGAAUAUAAUGAACAAUUAAGCAAUUAAUAAAAUAUUUUUAUAAUAAUGCCAUUCUAAGUGAUUUCCAAAAGAAUGCACUGUAAUUAAGAUGAUGUCUUCAAGUUUUUAAACUGUGUUCCCAUGGAGAUGGGACUUUCAGCUUCUUGUAAAGGGCACAUCACCAAAAUAAUACACGAAAAUGAAGAAUGACAUUAUUAAAAUAGAAAACCUAGUCUAAGUAUAUUCAUUUCUUAAAUUUAGCAUAUUCUGAUUUAUAUAUGCAAUGUUAAGAGAACAAAAACCCACUUUGAUUUUCUUAAGUGUGCUUUUCUCCACAUUUUCUUAUCCUUCCUCCCUGCCCACAGAUGAUGGAAAUUCAGCAAAUGGUUGUCACUCUGAUACACCAUCUCAUUAUUUCCUUUCACUAUUGUACCCUGUGUUGGAUGCAUUAUUUUUAAUACAGUGACUCUGCAAGGAAAGCAAUGUUAUUAUCAUCUUUAUUUUGCAAAAGAGAAAGCUGAAAUUGAGAGAAGUUAACAUAUGCAAGCACUGGUUGAUCCCCAGCUCAAGGGUAUAGUGACCAGGUUAUAUUGCAGGCAAGGCUACUACUUGCAAAUGCAUCCCGAUGGAGCUCUCGAUGGAACCAAGGAUGACAGCACUAAUUCUACACUGUUCAACCUCAUACCAGUGGGACUGCGCGUUGUUGCCAUCCAGGGAGUGAAGACAGGAUUGUAUAUAGCCAUGAAUGGAGAAGGUUACCUCUACCCAUCAGAACUGUUUACCCCUGAAUGCAAGUUUAAAGAAUCUGUUUUUGAAAACUAUUAUGUCAUCUACUCAUCUAUGCUGUAUAGACAACAGGAAUCUGGUAGAGCCUGGUUUUUGGGAUUGAAUAAGGAAGGGCAAGUCAUGAAAGGAAACAGAGUAAAGAAAACCAAACCAGCAGCUCAUUUUCUACCCAAGCCAUUGGAAGUUGCCAUGUACCGAGAACCAUCUUUGCACGACGUGGGAGAAACGGUCCCGAAGGCCGGGGUGACGCCAAGUAAAAGCACAAGUGCGUCGGCAAUAAUGAAUGGAGGCAAACCAGUCAACAAAAAACAAGACUAUUUCCAGGGAAAGCAAUUGGCUAAAUGCCGAUAUACCAACAUCCAGAUGAGAACUGUAUCGCUUUGGAGAAAAAUACAAUUCCCAGCUUAAGUUUCUUAGCUUACAAGGGGAUUACACAGGGCCCGUGGACCCUUGGAUACUGAGUAGGGCUUCAAAGUUUUGACAGGGAGUCUGCAAACAAAGGCUGAGUUGUGAUUUGUUUUGAUUUGUUCUCAGUUUUCUGUAUCAUUCGGUCUAAUCCCAAUGUUUGCUGGAAGAGAUUGUGUUUGUAUUUGACGUGGUGGAGGCCAUUCCUUUCAAGGUGCUGCAGGCAUUUGGAUUAGCUGAAGGGUGCAGGGAGAAAAUGGGGUAAAAUGUCCUCUUGGGUCUUAGGACCCAAUUCGAAUUAUAUUGAAAAGUCCUUGGGGAAGAAUUCCUCGGUGAUGGUUUGCCAACAAGCAUGGCACGUGCCAACAGCAGCAGCAAACGUGUCCUGUCACAUCCCUUCCCAACUGACGUUAAUCUCCCUGUCACAGGAACUCGAACAAGCCGAAGAGAUUCGCACAUUUCCCCUUUCACCUGUUACAAGUUGGUUCCUGCCCUGCCUUUGUUUGAAAGAGGGAGUUUUUAUCUUAGUAACGGGAUUGAAAGUCAAAAUACAAAAUCACAUUGAAGAAGGGUAGGAUUUACGUCUUUACAUGUAACUAUAUUUUAUUUUUUCCAAUUUAAACAUGGAAAUUAAAUAACUUCUUAUCUAUUGAUGUUUGCAUUGCUAGAGUCAAAAUCACAUACACACAUAUGAAAUAUAGCAGACAGAAAGAAGUAAAAAGAAAAUAUUUCUGUUUUAAAAGAAAAAUAUUCCUUAGAGAUUAGGUACCAUGUGACUUAGGCUAUCACUCAGUUUUGGUUCAAUAAUUUGUAGCUAAAUGAACCCGGAAUAUAGCUGACUGUAUUUUCAGCCUUGUCAAAAAAUUUGGACAAAUCACAUUUCAAUCUUCAUAGUAUAAUAAUUUCUCCAUACUGAAACCUUUUCUCAAAAAAAAAAAAAAAAACCCAUACAUGCUGAGGACAUUUUCCUUAUAUGAAAACAUAAAAAUUGAAGCCCUUUCAUUUUAGUUAAUACAAAGGGAUAACAAACAGAGGGAGUUAGGAGAAAACUAAGACGCACCCAGGAAUACAGGAUAAGACAAAGGGAAUGAAUUAAGGGCAUCUCCAGUAGAACAUGGCUGGCAAACUACUUACUGCUCAGCUGGGAGCCACAUCCAACAUGCGGUCUGUUUUUGUAUGGCCCAGGAGCUCAGAAUGAGUGUUCUGUUUUUCCUUUUACAGUUCUAAAGUGUUAAAAACAAACAAACAGAGAAGAACACGCAACAGAGAGGUCAGUGGCCCACAGAAUCUAAAGUAUUGACUGGUCCUUUAUGGAAAGCAGAGUUCUGCAGUGUGGGAAGCUGCAUGAUGUAGUGAAUUCUGAUGAUUGCACAUCGUCCGGUCAUCAAAACUGCUACUGAAUAAUUACAAUAUGUUUGUUUGAGGCUAAAAAUGAUUAGAUAGAGAGGAGGAAAGAAUAUCAUCUAUAUGAUUUCUGAACUGCUUAUAUUUCCCUCGUUUUACAAAACUGAUAUAUCAAUGGACAUACUCAAUAAUAGAGAUACAACUAAUAUGGUUGCACUUCCAUCAUCUCAGGAUAGAGAUAACAAUUUUAUAAAUCUAUUAAAGUAUGAGAACACUAUUAGUACUAUCAAAGUCAGCAUCAGAUAAAUUUUCUCUUAAAUAACUUUCAAUAUUAAAUUUUUAAGUAACUCGGCAAAUGCAUAUUUUCCUUAUUUUUUGGUGAUUUGACUUAAUAAAGUCCAAGCCAUGACUCUAGGAUAUUUACAUCAUCAAGUAAAAUUUCCAAGUAAAAAUUUUCAUCUUAAACAAUGCGGAAAUGAUUUUGUUACAUUACUCUAGGAUUUUACAAAAUAUAAUUCACAUUUAGAAAAAAAAGUGGGUUUUUUUAGCUCCAAAUAAUUAAAGGUUGCCUAAACUAAUGUGUGUAAGUAGAUUUAACUGUAAAUAUGUAAGGGAAGUCCUAAUUAUUGUACAUUUUCAUAAUUCAAUGUGAAUUUCAUACAGAGCAAAAUUUCACCAUUAAGAAAAUAAACAUUUUGUUCCUAUCGCUGAGUGAAUAUUUGUAAUUUCUACUUAAGACAUUUCUAGAUUUUUUUUUUUAUCUUCUGAGCUUUGAGACUGGUCCCAUUUGAUCACAGUAUCUCUUCUUGACUUCUUUGCAUGAUGCUUUUUCAGUAAAUAAUGUAUGCUUAGAAAUAAGAAUAUUUUAAGGGAAAUGAAUGCAUAUUUCAGGCCCAUCCUAUGUCCAAUUAAAUAUUCUUUCCAAAAGGCAAGUUACCAUGGCACAAUUUACAAUAGUGAGAAAUCAAAUUCCUUUUACACCUAACCCCUCCCUGCCCAGUUUACAAAAUGAUCUAGUAACAGAAGGUGCCCCUGAAUACCAAUUCAUUUUGUUGUUGUUGUUGUUAAUCAUCAGUAGGUAAAUAUAUAUUGACACAGAUUGUAAGCAACUUAACGUCACUAUUUAUUAAAAAUGUUAAAUUGUACAUUUUUCAUACUUCCUUCAUAAGGGAAUCUUCUUUUGUGAAUUUAAAGUGAGAUCAGAUGCAUGACUUACUGGCUCAACCUGACCAGUCUUUUUCUUUAAAAAGCACUGGUGAUCCAGCCUUUAGCCCCCCCCCCCCCCCCCCGACACUAGCCCUUGUGCCCGUUUGUCUUUACUGACUCCAAAUGGAAAUGCUGAGUGAUAAGGAAUCUGAAAAAAUAUGAUGGAUGGAUUUAUGUGAGGAUAUAUCUUUUCCUUAGAUUCAAAUGUGGUUUUUUUUGUGACCACUUUUUUUGUGGCCU